AUGCGCGAAGAACACAAUGGCAGUAGCCUUUCAUUGGAUGAGAAUGACGAACUGACUGAAUUUUACCCAUUGGACGAGGAGUCAUCGCAGCCACAGUUGGAAGAAGAAACGUUUGUGAGCACUCAAUCGUCGAUGGAAAAUGGUGGUUCGUGGACGACGUCUCGUGACCAGAUCGCGCUACAAUUAUUUUGGCAAGGCUACGACGCUUACGUAGUGUGUAAGGAAAAAGAGAGUGUGGCACCGUGCUUUUACAAUGCGCAGUGUGUUGGACAGACUGCCGACAAUGAGUUUGUACAGAUCGUUCCGGUUGACGGGGUGCACAGCCGCCACAUUUUGGACGAUAUGCGAGUGCACCUCGUAUCUGUCAGCUCAGGCAAGUCCCUGCGCGCCAGCUCAAUCUCUAAGUACCUCAAAUGGUCGCGCUCGCGCGACCAGAAGACUAUGUUUGUAAUCCAAAUCGGCGAUCGCAAGCCGCUUUCGUCAACUUCCAAAUUCACACUGACCAGCUGUUUCUGGCCCGAUCAUUCCAUCGGAUUCACGCAGAACUUUCCUCUUGGUGGUGGACGUGAAGUUAGCAAAGCCAUUGGUUUCCUAACGCUUGAGAAGCGAAAGAAUCAGCCUCCUUUAUUGUUUCCAAUUCGAUUCAGAGCAGUGCAGCGUUCAGUACGAGAUGACCGAGGGUCCGUCGCCCCCAGAUAUCGACAGCCCACACCGUUUAUAACGGCUACUGAAAUGCUAUUUAUCGGUGAGGACGAAGCGGACAUAGUGAGCGACAUUCCGUUGGCACGAGUGACAUCCCCCCCACCGUCAGGCUCGGGGUCGUCUGGGGAACAUGAUGCGUCGACUAGCAGUCGCCUUUCUAGUGCAGAUGAUGAGAUUUGGGAGAAUUGCACAUUUUGCAGUCGUUUGUUUCGAGCACGCAGCGAUCUUAUCGCUCAUAUUCGCGAUACCCACGGAGAGAUCUUACAUCGUGUGUCAGUCCCAGGAACAUUUUGCAUACGCUGCGGCACGCGACGAGAUGGCGGCUCAUGCUCGCGUUGCGCUUCAGGGACAUAG